AUGUGGUGUGCAGCUGAUGUUUUGCAAUCUGGUGGUGUUUGUGGAGAAGGCAGUGGUGGUGUUUGUGAUAACUCAACUGAUGUUUGUGGAAAAGGCAGUGGUGGUGUUUGUGAUGAAGGUAAUCCCACUGAUGUUGGUAUAGAAUGCAAUGGUGAUGGUUGCGAUGAUGGUAAUGUGACUGGUGUUGGAGUAGCAGGCAGUGGUGUGGGUUGUGAUGAAGAUUAUUUGGCUGAUGUGGGUGUACAAGGCAGUGUAUGUGUGUUGGAAACUUCUCCUGGGCUGACUAAGUAUUGGCGCCCAGUUUGUGCUGACAGUGUGAAGCCUAUUGUGGGGCAACAAUUUGUUUCCUUGGAUGGUGCUGUUGUGUUUUAUAAACAAUAUGCUGGGACUGUUGGGUUUGAUUGUAGGCAGCAGUCAAUUCGGAAAGAUAGGGAUGGUGUUGCUGUGGAGAAGCACGUAGUAUGUAACCGUCAGGGUUUUAAGCAGAGGGUUUCUAGGGUUGCUAAAACUACUUUGGCGAGGAGACGGAGGGUGACAAAUAGGGUUGGUUGUAAGGCUAAGGUUGUGAUAAAGCGUAAGUCUAAUGGGUUGUAUGUUGUGCAUUAUUUUGAGGAACGUCACACCCAUUCGAUGUGUUCAAUUAUUGCUAGGCAAUUUUUAAAGGUGAAUCGUAGUCUCGAUGCUGGGCACCAAAUGUUUAUUGCUAGUUGUGUUCGGGCAAAUAUUGGGUCUGUUCGGUCAUAUAGGCUGUUUAAAGAGAUUGUUGGUGAGUAUUCCAGUGCAUUUGAUUUUGAAUAUGAUGUUGAUGAAGGUGAUCAGCUUUCAAGGGUUUUUUGGGCGGAUGCAGUAUCUAGGAAGAAUUUUGCGUUGUUUGGUGAUGUUGUUUCAUUUGAUGCUACAUACCGUACUAACAGGUAUAAGUUGGUGUUUGUUCCAUUUACUGGAAUUGAUAACCAUAAGAGAUCCAUCACCUUCGGUGCUGGUUUGCUUACGAGGGAAGAUGUAGACUCAUAUGUGUGGCUUUUGGAGAAAUUUAAGAAAACUAUGUGUCAUGACCCUAUAUGUGUUGUUACUGAUCAAGAUCCAGCUCUCAAGGUUGCUGUUGCUCGCGUGUUUGGUACAUCAAAACAUAGAUUUUGCAUGUGGCAUAUAAUGUGUAAGGUUGGUGAGAAAGUUGGACCAAUUCUAUCUAAAGAUGAAGUGUUUAGGAGGAAGUUGAAUGGCAUUGUCUGGAACAAAUCACUGGACUCCAAGUCAUUUGAGGAGGCAUGGAGUUGUAUCAUGGAGGAAUAUGGUUUGGGUGACAAUGGUUGGUUUCGUUACUUGUUCGAGUCUCGUACAUAUUGGGCAUCCCCAUAUUUUCACGACGAGUUUAUGUCAGGACUGGUUAGGACAACGUCUCGAUCAGAGUCUCAAAAUAGUUUCUUUGGUACGUUCUCUAAUGGUCAUUCUAGUUUGGUUGAGUUCUUGGUGCAUUUUGGAAGUGCUGUUGGUGCGCAGCGUCAUGCACAAGCAAAAUUGAAUGCUGAUUGUGAAUCUUGUUUUCCUGUUUUGAAGACACCAUUGGCUUUGGAGAAGCAUGCAAUGGAUGUUUACACCAUUUCUGUAUUUUAUGAUGUUCAAGUAGAGAUUUGUGCAGCUUGUUAUUCGUGUCAAGUGGUGUCUUUGUGUGAUUGUGAUGGCCAUGUGUCAUAUGGGAUAAAAGAUGGUGCCCAACGGGCAUGGUAUGUGGAGCUAGUCUUGUCUGAUUAUACUGCUACAUGUUCUUGCAAGAUGUUUGAGCGGACGGGGUUGUUGUGUAGGCAUAUUUUUUUUGUGUUUAAAGAUCGUGGGCUUGAGAGUAUUCCUUCUAGGUAUGUAGUGUCUCGGUGGACAAAGGGUGCUUGUUUGAAGCCAAUAUUUCAUAUUGAUGAUACAAUUGUUGAUCAAUCUUCUAAAGUGGAGAAUGUUAGGAUUUUUACUAAUCUAUUGUGGUCUGACAUAUAUGUUUGCGUGGGCUUGGCCGAUGGUAAUAUAGAACGUUUGUCACAGCUACGACGUGUUAUUUGUGAGCAAAGGCAAUUAUUUCUCCAAGAGGGGAGUGAGGAUGGCAGUGGGGUGGUGGCUGGUGGCAGCAAACAAAGUGUGAUCAAUUCAUUUUGUGGAGAUGUGUCUCAGGGUUCAACAGUGGAGGUGCGUGAUCCUAUUCAAGCUAAGAACAAGGGUAGCGGUAAGCGGUUGAAGAGUACAAGGGAGAAAGCUGCUAGCAAGUGUGUAAAGCAAUCAAGGAAAUGCCAUACUUGUGAUGAAUAUGGUCAUAAUAGUAGGACAUGCCCUUUAAAUGGUUAG